AUGGCCGCCAACGGAGAAGAAGUGCCAACGAAGAAAAAGAAACAAGUUCGCGUUUGGGCAGAUGGCUGUUACGACAUGGCUCAUUUUGGCCACGCUAACUCGCUACGUCAAGCCAAGGCGAUGGGCGAUUAUUUGGUCGUCGGCGUACACAGCGAUGCGGAAAUAAUGAAGCAUAAAGGGCGUCCAGUUGUGAAUGAAAAAGAUCGCUACAAAAUGGUACGAGCUAUCAAGUGGGUCGAUGAAGUGGUCGAGGAUGCACCGUAUGUAACCAGCCUCGAGACAAUGGAUCAGUACAACUGUGAUUUCUGUGUGCACGGAGAUGAUAUUACCACGGAUGUGAACGGGGUGGAUUCCUACCGGUAUGUCAAGGCGGCCGGCCGGUACAAAGAGUGCAAGCGUACCGAGGGCAUCUCCACUACCAACCUGGUUGGUCGUAUGUUGCUGCUGACUCGUGAUCACUUUCAAAUGAAGUCUCCGAUCGGUUGCUUAGAUACGGAAAUGUUGGGCGAGGGUAGCUCGGAUCCGUCUGGCAAGAGGAGUCCGUGGACCUCCGUAUCACAUUUCAUGCCGACCACGCAUAAAAUCGUGCAGUUCUCUGAUGGUAAAGAGCCCAAGUCGACUGAUAGGAUUGUCUAUACACCAGGGUGCUUUGAUCUAUUUCAUGCUGGCCAUGUUGAUUUCCUUGAGGAGUGUAAGCAAAAAGGGGACUAUGUUAUCGUCGGCUUGCACACUGAUGUCGAGGUCAAUCGUUACAAGGGUGCCAAUUUCCCUGUCAUGAAUCUUCAUGAGAGAGUGUUGUCCGUCUUAGCAUGCCGUUACGUUGACCAAGUUAUCAUUGGAGCGCCUUAUACUGUCACAGCAGAGUUGCUAGAUCAAUUCAAGGUAUGGAUGGUAUAACUUUCUGUUUGCUCGCAUUGCUGCUGCCUGAAACCACAUCUUGUUUUUUCCAUUACUUAUUUAAGUUCCUGUGUACACUGCGAUUUGUCGGGCCAAUUUAAUAUCCAAUUUAGGCAAGACUUUUUUUAUUCAUUGGUUUACGGAUCCGCCGACCGUAAAUAUUCAAAAAAUUAAAAAAUUUGGGUGUCAACAAUUUUACGAUUUUAAUUAAUUUGGGGUUCUGACAUGAAGUACACGCCAAGUAAACUUUGACUCUAAGUACUACUGGCUCAUGUUAUCGUUGUGACAAUCUUGAAAAACAAUGUUUUUUAAAAAAAAUUUUCCGACCUACCGACCGUUUUUUUUUCAAGGAAAAUCCGUAAACCAAUAAAUAAAAAAGUCUCACCUUAUGUUUGAAAUAUACAAGGAAAUAGGGCGAGGCAGUUAAUCAAUAAACCGGAAAGAACCGAUGUUUUUUGAAAACCGAUUCAACCGAUGUUGUUCCAGGCAGAAAACCAGGGGAAAAUCAGAAUCACACACUUGAUUAUAAAAAUAUUUGUUAUAAAAAUAUUUUUUCAGACCAUUUUCGGUUUUUACCCUGAACCGCCUACAAGGAAAGAAAAUAGUUGUCAUUGGCCCUAGUAAAUUGCAAUGUGGAAACAUCAGGAUUUUUUGGGAAGUGUUUUGUAGAUGGGAAUUCAAAACCCUUCAAAAAGGUGCAAAUUUACCUUAAAAUAAUUUUUUUCAAAGCUAUUUUCUCUUUUUAAGGUUGACUAUUUCUGUCAUGGCAUGACUCCAAUCUCCCCAAAUGCCGAUGGUAAUGAUCCUUACGCCGUGCCAAAAGCUCGUGGAAUGUUUACGGUUAUCGACAGUAUAAACAGUACAACGUCUGGGAAGAUUAUCCAGAAUAUUAUCAUGAACAGGUAUAGUGUCAUGAAUUGUAAUUAGUAAUAUGCAAUGUGUGUGUUUAUGUACAGUACUUAGGAUUUUCUGAUAGAAAUUAGGACUAUCCAAUUAAAUGUACACAAAAAUUUUACCACCUUCCUACCUCAUAGAACAAUCGAAAUGACAUCAAUUAAAAAUUAGACGUAUGUAAAAACUGCAAAAGGUUUGACUCGCUCUUGCGUACAUACUGAAUGGAUGACCUCAUAAAUUAACAGAACUUAACCCAUGCCAGUAGGGCGCAUUUGGGCGCAGUGCAACUCAACCCUUUCACAUGUUCGUCAGACGAUUUUACUCGUCAAGUGGACAGUGCUGCCUCUCAAUGGGUUAAUAUCAAGCACCGAGAAUUCUGAGCCCCCUCAAAUGUUCUUCACCUUUGACAAUUGUGACUUACCGUACUAAAAUCUAACUAUAGCAUCAUAGUGUAUGUUCUUAACAUUCAGGUUAACCUAUGAAGAUCGUAACAAGAAGAAAGAAGAAAAAGAGUACAAAGUAUGGGAAUCUAUUCAAACCAAAGCAAAGGAAAGCAAAAUCAACGAAGCAGUUGGGAAAGCGGAAUUACCAGCAAACAAAUAA